AUGGCGCCAUCCUUCACAAGGACCGCCGACGAAGGCUCCACAGAAUUGGGCGGCGUUAAAAUCGGCGGGGCAGGGUACAACACGAUUGUGGGCAUGAUCCCCACCGUUGACACCGUGAGGCUCAUCGCCGAUGACGACGAGUUAAUCAGCAGCUUCCGCCCUUAUCGCAUCGACGCGCUGCGGGCCGCGCGAGCGGCGGAGGCGACCGAAGAGAGUGCGCCCCAUCCCGACGACGCGCGGUAUCUGGAGCCAACGCUCUGCACCCUCGCCGCCAAUCGCCUCAUUGACGCUGGCGCAAUUCCCGACGACGUGGCGCAGGAGUACUGGCCUACCGCCUCCACCUUCGGGGUGGCGGCGAUGGGCGAAGGGGAUAUUGCCGCCUCGCUGCUCUCCACUGGUCCCGCGGAGGGGCUGCUGCAUGCAGCCUCCACGUUGCCACGCGGCGAUGUGCCAACGGGCACCUCAAGCUUCCUCAUGACGCCACGCUUCAGGGAGCGACGCAGCCUGCCGGGCGUGCGGCAGCCGGAACUCGGCCACUACCACCAGCGCUACACACAGGUGGAGCCGCGCGUGGUGGGAGGCUACAUCGCCCCUCGCGAAUCCGCCGCGCCAAAGGGGCGGGCGUCGCCAAUGCUGUCUGAUCAGAUCGUAACAGUGGAGGUCGUACCGGAGCCGCAGCCCUCGCAACCAUCGGUCGGAGCACUAAUGGCAGAGAGCUCAAGGGGAUGUGGCUUCUCGACCGUUGCGUAUCGGUCCGCAACGAUGGCGGGUGCUUCCUCCAGUCAGCCACAUGCAGCAUCACCACCGCCAGUGAAGGGAAGCUCUAUGUUCGUCUCCAAAACAGUCCGUAUUCCACUCGCCACCUGCAGCGCGGCGAAGGACUUGGCGUACUACCCAUACGCCGAUGUCCGGUCGACAGUGAAGCGCUCACGCUGCCCGGUGAAAUUUGAUGUCACCCUUACGCAGCGUCGCCAUGACGGCGUGUCAACGACUGCAGUGGUGGGCAUGUAUGACUUUGCUGGUGACAUUGCAGAAAACCCACACCGCGUGGUAUGUAUGGACCGUGAUACCGGGCGUGCGGGCGACUGGCGCAAUAAACCACCGGCGCCUCAGUCGCAGGCAGAUUUUGUGGAUGUCGGCACGGCCCUCAAGAUGGUGCGACCACGAACACGGUCGGUGACAAUGGCGCCGCGCAUAUCAGAGGACGACGACGCACAGAAGCGCGCCAAGGCACCAGACAACACAGUCUCCAUUGAGCGGGACCUGAACUUCCCACGGAGCAUCUUUGACCACUGUGAGGCACGGAGGGUGCGACAGUUCGCCACAAUGGCUGGGCGAAGCUCAUCCGCGCCCAUGACAUCGCAUGAGGCACCCGAUAAUGUGGAGAUGACGCUUGUGACAAAGCGUACACCAUGCCCAUUCAUCCACCCGACUGCGCCAGGUCAUGUCCCGCUGCACCGGCCGAACACGACGGAGAUCGGCGAUGUGCCAAACCUCAAGUGGACAAAGCCAACAACAGAGCGCACGACAGACUUUGGUAUCGUCAGCUCCACGCCGCCGACGCAGCUGCCUAUGCGUGAUUUGUGGUACGACACCAGCAAGCGGGCGUUGGUGGAGCCUCGAUUGACGGGCAACCCGAUGAUAGAGACGCAGGUGUCGCGUGAGAAGCGCGCCAAGAUAUUCACGACCACCGGCUGUGGCGCCCACGCGGUGUACAAUACUGACAUCCCACAGCACGGCAAGUCGGUGCCGUUGUUCGAGAAGCAGAUCACAAAGGAGACGCAGUUCUGCGGCCAUCGGCUGCAGUCGGAGCGGUGGCAGCGCAAGAACCCCAAGGCGCCGGGCCCCGGCCACUACACUGUGUCGUACCGCCUCGUCGAAUAG